CAGUCUAUGGUGUUUUCAGCAGAGUGACAUCAUGGCCUUUUCAGAAUCUGCACAUGAACUCAGAAUAAUGCUGUUUGGAAAAAAUGAUGACAAGAAAUCAGCCCUGGAAAACAUCAUCACUGGAAAGAAAAGAUCCAUUGUGUCUAAAGUCCUUGGAGGAAGGCAAUGUCCCGCUGCCUCUGGAGAGUGGAACGGGAAACCGUUAACAGUAGUCAAAACUCCCGACAUCUUCAGUCUGUCUGUUGAUAAAUUGUUAGAGGUGAUGAAGAGCUGUGUGAGUCUCUGUCCUCCUGGACCAAAUGUUCUGCUGCUGUUAGUGAGAUCUGAUUUCUCUGAAGAGGACAGAAAAGCUCUGAACUUGGUCCUCAGUGUGUUUGGUCAAGAUGCAUUUAAGCACUCCAUGGUCAUCCUGACACAUAAUGAGAGAAAGAGUAAGUCAGUGGAAAGACUCAUCAAACGCUGUGAUCACAGGGAGGAAUAUAUCAGUUUUGACAAAAAAGACAUUCCCAUAUCUCACUCAAAGUUUAUGGAAAAAAUGAAUCAAAUAUCUUACAACAAGAGCAAACCAUUAAGAGGCAAGAUGAAGCUAAGAAAUUGA